GUGGGCGGGAUGUAGAGCAUGACAUGUUAGUCUGCCUCGUAUAUAUAUUUCGACGUCGGCUGCUAGGAAAAAUAGUUAGCUAAGCUUAUCUUCACAGCUGGUGGUGGGAACAGUGUCCAACGCCACACUGUAAUGCGAAAUAUUAAAAAAAGCAAACACUAUUCAUGGAUUUAUUCACAUAAUUAUUCAUACAGUGUCCACAUAGUCACAUAUUAAAAAAUUAAAAGCGCCUUUACUCGAGGUUCGUUGCAUUAAAUGGAGGAGAAGAAGGAAGACGGAGACUCGGAGAUACAGGAACACGGACCCGAGCACUGGUUCUCAAAAUGGGAGCGGCAGUGUUUGGCCGAAGCGGAGCAAAGGGAGCCGAGCGAGGAGGAGGCCGACAACGAUCAGGAUAAACUGUGGCAUCUCUUCCAGAACUCCGCCACUGCUGUGGCACAAUUAUACAAAGACAGAGUAUGCCAUCAGCAGGGACUGUCGUUGUGGGUGCCAUUUCAGAACUCUGCAACAGCAGUGACCAACCUCUACAAAGAGAGCGCAGAGGCCCAUCAGAGAAGCUUUGAUCGGGGAAUCCAGAUUGGCCACCAACGCCGUAAUAAGGACAUGUUGGCCUGGGUAAAAAAGCGCCGGAGAACCAUCCGCAGGGAGGAUCUCAUCAGCUUUCUGUGCGGCAAAGCGCCACCACACAGGAGUAGCAGGGCCAACCCCCGGCUGGCCAUGGUGGCUCCCAGCCGGGCAAAUUCUCCAGCCGAGACCGGCUCAUCCGUGGAGACGGACCUGCAGCCUUUCAGGGAGGCCAUCGCACUGCAUGGUUUGAGUGGCGCCAUGGCGAGCAUCAGUGUGCGCUCUGGUGCUCCGGGGUCUCCCACGCACGUGAGCGGCAGCACCAGCAACGGAAGCGGCGCCGGCGUGGGCGGCUCCUCGGGCUCGGGGCCGGUGUGCCGCAGCAGGCGCAACGGGCUCCAAGACGUCGACCUGAACACUUUCAUCUCGGAAGAGAUGGCACUGCAUCUGGACUCUACCGGAGGGGGAGGGGCCAGGAAACGAAACUCCACCCAGUGUAGUGACGUCAUCACAGACUCUCCUACACACAAACGCAACAGGAUGAUCUGAUCCACUGCCUGUGUGUG